UGUACGAAUGAUUGGUAGGGGUGUACAUUGCAUCUGACAUCAGUUUAACAAAGUUUUUGUAAUAUUUACAAAAAAUUUGUACAUUUUACAAAUGUUUCGACUACUAAAGAUUUGGUAGCUGAAUUUACUAAAGUUUUUCUCCAGUGUAAAAUGUCUAUUGCGCAAUCCACGGCUUUUAUGGCGUUUUCGCCCGACAACAGGUUUAUGUGUUUGGUAACUAAUUUCUAAACGGUAACAACAUGAUAUCAAGAUCGUCAUCGGGGAUUUCAACGCUCAAGUUGGCCAGGAGGAGGAAUAUAAACUGAUAAUUGGAGGGUUCAGCGCACACCAGCUGACUAACGAAAUGGGUCUGAAACUUAUCAGCUUUGCCGCCUCCAAGAACAUGGCCAUUUGUAGUACCUUCUUCCAACAUAAACUCCUAUACAAGUACACCUGGAGAUCACCUAAUCAGACAGAAACACAAAUCGACCACGUUUUCAUUGACUGUCGGCACUUCUCAGAUAUCAUCGAGGUCAGAUCCUAUCGGAGCGCUAACGUUGACUCGGAUCACUACCUGGUGAUGCUGAAGAUGCGCCCAAAACUCGCCGUUGUGAACAACAUUCGGUACCGACGCCCACCUCGGUUAAAUCUCGCGCGGCUGAAGCAGCUUGAUGUCGCCGGAAAUUACGUGCAUUCGCUCGAAGCUGCGCUGCCGGAAGAGGACGAACUGAACGAAACCCCUCUCGAGGACUGUUGGAACACCAUUAAACAGCCAUCAACAGCGUAUCAGAGAACAUACUCGGAAGAGGACGAACUGAACGAAACCCCUCUCGAGGACAUACUCGGGCACGUGGAACGUAUUCAGCGGAACGUGUGAGGAGAACGCUGCGCUAAGUUGCAUUGUCAUUCGUCAGAACGUAGAAAGACAUCGACAGAAGAUGCAGCGUACCCAAAUCUUCCGGGAGAAAAAGCGCUGCCUGGAGGAGGCGGAGUAUGCAGAGUUGGAGCAGCUGCAUCGGUCUCAGGAAACGCGAAAGUUUUACCAGAAGUUCAAAGCAAACACCGAAGCCUUUGUGCCGCUAGCCGAAAUGUGUCGCGAUAAGAAUGGGAGUCAGAUCGAAUGAAAUGUAAAAACAACUCGAACGGAAUACAGAAUGGAAUUUUAUCAAGUCGUUCGAAAUAUUUCGAAUCGAUCGAAAUAUAGAAUAGGGGUUACACUCAAUUAUCCCAAAGGUUAGUCUCAAACCGUGGUUCAAAA